UCCCAGUGAGCACUGUUGAACUUGCUGCUGCUCAUGUUGACAGGACCCGUUGUAAUCUAGCUGUUUACCACAGUGAACCUGGAGACUGUGGACCAUGUGCUGCCCCGGGGGAAGCUGACAGACCGAGCCGAGCCUAGGCUUACGAUUGUGCUUCACUGAAGUCUGGUGUUAGGGAAGCUCCUGCAUCUCCUGCAACAGACUCUGUCUUGGACAUGACCAAACACAAGCCCAAAGCAGAGAGCCAGAGUGAUGAAGCUGAGGGUCCAGAUGGAGGCUGGGGCUGGGUGAUGGUCGGCGCCCUGUUCGUCAGCACGAGCCUCGUGUUCGGGCUGAUGCGCAGCCUGGGGAUCUUCUUCGUGGAGUUUGUCCAGUACUUUGAGGAGAGCGCCCAGGCCAUCUCCUGGAUCUCUUCAACAGGCCUGGCAGCACAGCAGUUCUUUAGUCCUCUGGGUGCAGCGCUGUGUAAUGCAUAUGACACCCGGGUGGUGGUGAUGACGGGGGGCUUUCUCGCUGGACUCGGCCUCAUACUCGCCUCGCAGGCCACCAGCCUUGUUCAUCUCUACCUCACUAUGGGUGUCGUUUCAGGUAUGGGCUGGGGACUGGUCUUCACUCCCAUGGUGGCCACCGUCAUGGCUCACUUCACGCGGCGCCGCACCCUGGCGUUGGGACUGGCGUUCUCCAGCAUCGGCAUUUCCUCCUUCGCUUUCAACCCGCUAUUCCAGCUUCUGGUGGAGAUGUAUGCCUGGCGGGGGGCCCUGCUGAUUCUGGGGGGCCUCAGCCUCAACAUUGUGCCCUGCGGGGCUCUCGUCCGCCUGAAGCGACGCCCUAAAGCCUCGCAAAAGGUGGAUUCAGAGAGCAGCUCAUCAUGUGCCGCGGUGCUGCGACGAGUCUCCUCCUACAUGGAGCUGCCGCUGCUCUUCGAGAGGCCUUAUCUCACCUACACCGCAGCCAUCACUCUUCUUAAUGUCGGCUACUUCGUUCCAUAUUUCCACCUGGUGGCCCACAGCCGCCAAGUCGGCUUCUCAGAAUACCAAGCUGCUUUUGUCAUGUCCGCCGCCGGAGCCACAGACAUUUUGGGCCGCGUAGCGUCAGGCUGGUUCGCUGACCUGGGACACUUCCGGCUGAUCCACUUGCUGAGCUUGUGGACAACGCUGGCGGGAGUGUUCAUCAUGCUGCUGCCUGUGAGCUCUUUGUCUGGUUCUUAUGCUGCACUGAUGGUGAUCAGCCUCCUCUACGGCUUCUGCUCCGGCGCUUUGACCUCUUUGGUUUUCGCGGUGGUGCCCAUGAUUGUGGGCGUGGAGCGCAUGAUGGGGGCCCUCGGGCUGCUGCAGCUCAUCGAGAGCAUCGCAGGACUGCUGGGGACACCUCUGUCAGGGUUGCUCAAGGACAUCACAGGCAACUACGUGGCCUCCUUCAUGGUAGCGGGCAGUUUCCUCAUUCUCGGUACUUUGACCAUGGCCACUCUUCCCCACUACUUCUCCUGCACAGAACCACCAGCUCCUCAAAGACGUUCCCAUGACGACAAAGAUAAGAGUUACCAUUCAGAGCUGGCACAGAUCAAUAGUUCGCCUUCUGAUCAUCUUCAAGACUGUGUGAGUUAAGGGACCAAGAGUCUUAUUAUUCAAUCUUCAGACAGGUCAGUGUAACUGUGUCGCCUCCUUAAAGACACUUACAGUAAGUAUACAGUUGCACAUAUUGCAGAAUGGCUGUGUGUUUGCAUUAUACCUCAGAGAUUCAGACCCAAAAGUGAAGCUCACUGUGAAAGCUCUGACAGCAGAAAGGGGCCAAUGAGUUGCUCUCUCUCACAGCAGAACCUCAGUGUGAUGUUUAGGUCAGUACCUCCUGCCUGAAAGAAAAUCUGGGCAUUGAAAUGUUUUAUUUACAAUGUACAGAUGUGUGGCUGCUUUACAUGCACUGCAGGCUGGCAAUGCAAGAUAGGGAAUAGGAAUGAAAAUGUGAUUUGAAUUUUGCCACUGAGUUUGCACAUUCAGCGUAACUUGAGAAACUGAGAAGGAAAUGUUUUAUUUUCUUGGUGGUUCAUAUGAAACGUGAAUCUGACUUUAUAUAUCUUUAUAUAUGUUGCACGUACAUGAUCAAUAUUGAACUUUUACUAUCUGCAUUUAAACGAUAGUCUUUUAAUGAAGCACACGUGACAAGUGUGUGAAGAGCCAUGGGCAAGUAGUGGGGUUGUCCAGUGUUUCACUGAGCCUUCCUGCUGACUGUUGAUCUUUACACUCCUGUGUAAUUUAUGGAUGUAUAUUUAUGGGUUAAAGAAACGACAUUUCUUAAAAAUAAGCAGCACCACUCUGUGCUGCUCACUGUUCACACUGAUCUAUUCGAAGCACAGCAACAGCUCUGUGAAAGAGCUGCAGACCAGUUCUCCCUCUCAACCUCAGGAAUUUCUCUUUCCAUCAGUGCAUUAAAGCGCUGGGCAGGAGCACAAGACUGUUAUUUGUGCAUUUUCUGAUGAUACAUAACAAGUGCAUAAGCACUUUGUACUGUAGUAAACCAUAAACCAAGACUGCCUUUGUAAACCAGAGAUGUUUGGCUUUGAGAACAGCUGAAUGAACACCAGUUUUACAGGCAGGACAUGACCAGGUCAAUGUGACCUGCUGGUUACUGGCAGACUCAUUUCAGGGUCCUUGCAGUGCAACAAGCCGCGUGACCAAAUAUGACACUUGAUCGUGCUGGCAGCUACUGAACAUUUCAGCUUCAGUAAUUGUUGAGAAGUGGAAAAUGUUCAUCUUAAUCAGAAAUAUUUUUACCCUAAUGUCUUAAACUUACCACUCAAACCUACUGCAGUCACUGUUUUCAAUUAAAAUGUGAUGUUUUGUACUCA